AUGGCGGCGAGCCAGCCGCAGCCACCACGAGGGUCGCCGCCGGUGAUCAACUUCGGCCGGCUCGGCAAGGACCCGGCCACGAGAGCGCUUGCCGUCCAGGACAUUGCGCGGGCGUGCCGCGACCAGGGAUGCUUUCAGGUGGUGAACCACGGUGUCAGCAAGAACGUCAUGGCAGGCGCAUUCGAGGCCGCCUCGGAGUUUUUCCAGCUCUCGCCAGAGCACAAGGAGCUGUUUGCAUCAACCGACAUCCGAAGGCCUGUCAGGUACGACACGAGCUCAAGGGACGGGAUCAGCAAGGCCAGGUCGUUCCUGAAGCACUACGCCAACCCUCUGGAAGACUGGGUCGAGUACUGGCCACUGCACCCUCCAUCAUACAGGAAGAAGAUGGGGGACUAUGCAGUUGAAAUACAGAGAGUGUCAAUGCAGCUCAUGGACGCUAUCCUGCAAGGUUUAGGGCUAAGGCCAUUGUACAUGCAAGAAAAACUUGAGAAGGGAGUGCAGUUCCUGGCCCUGAACAACUACCCACAGUUCUCACAUCGAGGUGACAAGGUCGGAUUGGCUGCUCAUUCUGACUAUGGUUUCCUCACAAUCCUGCUGCAGAACUCCCCAGGGCUCGAAGUGAUGCCCCACGACCGUGACACCUGGACGGCUGUCCCCGCGAUCCCUGGGGCCCUCCACGUCCAUGUCGGGGACCACCUAGAAGUCUUGAGCAAUGGUCGUCUCAAGUCCCUUGUCCACCGAGCCAUUCUCAAUCCUGACGAAGCAAGAAUUUCCAUUGCCAGCAUCCAUGGCCUCUCAAUGGAUGAGAAGGUCUGCUGCGCUGAGCAGCUGGUCGAUGAGGUGAACCCAGCAAUGUACAGGGAAAGCAGCUUCCAGGACUUCCUCGAGUUCCUACCGUCAAAUAUCAACAACUACAAGAGGUUUGUUGAGAGCCUCAAGAUCGACAGAGCUUAG